GAUACGUGGCUCAGGCUGCGUGAACUCAAUCUCUUUGCUCUAUUUUUAGCGGCGCAGCAAAACUGUUAAACCACUGAAAUCCAACCUAAUUAAAAUCGCUCUGUCACGCCACAGUGUCCUGCUUUGGCCGCCUCUCCAAAGAACUCGCCUGUCGCUAGCAGCUGAUAAAAAAUAAUUUAAAGAAAAAGCCGAUCGCCUCCUCUUCCGACAAUGGCGGAAGCUCAAACCGAAAAACCCCCUUCCCUAUUUGAGCAAUAUGCGCUGAAGGAGAAGGAGGAGAAAUCAGAUGUGGCUACAAAACCAGCAGAAGCAAAAGAGCUUGAAAAUCCAGUGAAUGCUGCUUCUGGGGAAGUUGUCACUGAGAAAGUGAAGGAGACUUCUGCUUCUCCAGUUGAGGAAAGCAGCGAGGCCCCUCCUGCUGCUGCUACUGAAGAAAGCACUGAAGAUAAUUCUGAUGCUGAGAACAGUGGUGAAGAUGCUCUCGCUGCUGCAGAGGAGAACUCAGAUGAUGCUGAUGAAACACCAGAGAUAAAGCUUGAAACUGCCCCAGCUGAUUUUCGCUUCCCAACUACAAACCAAACAAGGCAUUGCUUCACACGAUAUAUUGAGUACCAUCGUUGUGUAGCUGCAAAAGGAGAAGGUGCUCCAGAGUGUGAUAAGUUUGCCAAGUAUUAUCGCGCCCUAUGUCCUGGAGAAUGGAUAGACCGAUGGAAUGAGCAAAGGGAGAAUGGUACUUUUCCAGGUCCUCUGUAGAUGGUACCUAUCAGAAAACCAUGUUGUGGUUUUCUUCUGUUCUAUCACCAGUUAACCACAGAUGAAUUUCAUGAAUGAAAGGAGAAUUUUCGGGAAAUAAUAAGAAAAUUUGGCAUUUAUUUAAGACUAGAUCAAGGAUGAUACAAUGCGGUGCUCAUAAAAGAAAGUUAUUGAUUUGAAUUCAAAAAUUUAAAAACUAAAAUAUUUUGAUUUGGUGUGAUUUUUAUCUUAAAACCAAUCCAAUCUCACAAGAAAAGUUUCCUCUAAUGACGUUGGAACAACAGUGUUUGGUUGCUUUUUUUUCAGCUCUAAUAAAAAAAGUUGCGCGUAUAUAGAUAGUAAAAAACCAAUCUAAAGCGGAGAUUAGAGAAACGUUACAACUAAAAUGAAUUAAAUCUUACACUAAUUAAGCCAUUGCUAACUGUUACCACGAUGAAACCCUUUCUUCUUUUCUUGUGUUCAUCAUAUUCUUUUGCUUCAUACGAUAUGCAGGUUACUUUCUGAAUCCAUAAA